GCGCGUACGGCUCAGAGAAGAGGCGGGACUUCCCUCCCGGAAAUGACGCAGGUGCUUCCGCCUUAUCCUACCUGAGCGCCCGGAUUAGGAGGCCAGAGGGAGAUCUCUUCCACGGUGCAGGGCUGAAAUGGACCCGCUUAGGGCCCAGCAGCUGGCGGCAGAGCUGGAGGUUGAGAUGAUGGCUGAUAUGUACAACAGAAUGACCAGUGCCUGCCACCGGAAGUGCGUGCCUCCCCACUACAAGGAAGCAGAACUGUCCAAGGGCGAGUCUGUGUGCCUGGACCGGUGUGUCUCCAAGUACCUGGACAUCCAUGAGCGGAUGGGCAAAAAGUUGACAGAAUUGUCUAUGCAGGAUGAAGAGCUGAUGAAGAGGGUGCAGCAGAGUUCUGGGCCUGCAUGAGGGCCCAGGCGGUACACCUUAAGGCGCACCGUGUCCUUUCCCACCUGUCUAAUAAAAGUGCCCCCAUUGGGUGUCAUCUGUGAAGACUGCCAGGCCUAGGCUCUUUCUGGAAAGUCUCCAGGAGCCCAGGGUAUGAUGGAGCUCUUUCCCGGUCGGAGAAGGGGUAUUUGUCACACUGGCAUCUGACUGUGUGUUUAUAUAUAUUAUAUAUUAAAACAAGUUUGUUGACA